CUUCUAAAUUCAAUGACUCUUUAUUUGACAGUGUAGAGGAAGGUUGCGAAUGCGUUUGAAAAAGUGAUCAAAGAGGAAAGAGAGAAAGUACUAGCUAUAGCAUUCCAAAAAGGCGGAUUGAUUUUGAGAUUUAUAUUUAUAUUUGUUACAACCCAAGACGCACACAACACGCUUUACGAUCUAACAACCAAGGACCAGAACAAGAACAAUGUCAACACUAAACAAAAAAACCGUCCUCAUCACCGGCUGUUCAACCCACAGUCUAGGUUAUGCACUUGCACUGGCAUUCCACGAUGCCGGAUUCCGCGUCUUCGCAACGGCGAGAAAUGAGGCGAAAAUGCAAGGAUUGAUCGGCGAGGCCAAAACGAGAACUCUGACCAAAAGAGGAAAGAGAAGUCGCCAGGUUCAUGAUGACGAAUCUGUCGAUAUUGAUGUCGAUGUCGAUAUCGACUUAGUGAAACUAGAUGUUCUGGACCAGGCUAGUAUCGACAAUUGUGUGGCGACCGUGGAAGGAUUGAUUGAUGAGGGGGCUCGGAGUGGGAGAAAUGUAGCGGGGUUGAGUUGUUUGGUUAACAAUGCUGGUGGAGGCUAUAACAUGCCCAUCUCCGACCUCUCCAUUGCCGAAGGCAAACAAUUAUUCGACUUGAAUGUCUGGUCAUACAUCUCUAUGACACAGGCCUUCCUCCCCCUUCUCAUGACACACUCCUCACAGUCCUCCUCAUCACGCAGCCUCAUCAUCAACAACACCUCCGUCUCCAGCAUCGAACCCACACCGCAUAAUUCCGCAUAUCACGCCAGCAAAGCAGCCGCCGCUAUGUUUUCAACCCACAUGCGCAUCGAACUUGAACCAUUCGAUAUUAAAGUCAUCGACCUGAAGACCGGAUGUGUCCAUUCGAGUUUCCACGCCAAUCAUCAGGAUGGUAGGGCUUCAUUACCGGCCACGAGUCUAUAUCUCCCGAUCCGAGCACAGACGGAAUCGGCGAUGAGAGGUGCUUUUCCAGAUAGAGAGGAUCCGGAUGUUUGGGCGAGGAAUGUGGUGGGUGAUGUUACGAGGUCGUGGAGGAAUCCGCCGUUGGAGGUUUGGAGAGGGACGGGCGCGUGGAGAACUUGGUUUUAUGAUCGGUUUUGGCCCAGGGGGUGGUGGGACCAGAGUUGGAGGAGGAGUGUGGGUUUGGAUUUGUUGAGGGUUAUGAGGGGGAAUCGAUAGUGGGUAUGAAUGAUGGUCCUCCAGGAGGGAUAUAAAAGGGGGAUGGAUGGGUGGGUUGUGGGUUUAUCUAGGAGAUGUUGGAAAUCUGACCGUGGAUGGGAUUCUCUAUGAUCACUUCUUUGAUUGAAAAGUAACAUGGUGGUAUAUACUAUUCUCUAGAUUCCUCUCUGGUGAGAUUUGGUUAAUCAGUCCCCAGUCAGCUGUAAUGAGAACACCUGUAGUGUUCCAGA